CUGGUGGUUCCCAGGAGCUUUCGGGAGCAACUGAUGUCAGUUGCCCAUGAAAUUCCUUUGGCGGGACACCAGGGGAGGGACCGAACACUGAGGCGCCUGACGCAGAACUUUUUUUGGCCCGGAGUGUCGGAUGACGUCCGGACCUACUGUAAGUCCUGUGAUGUGUGCCAACGGCUGGGACGCCCCAGUGCUCGGGCUCCCCUGAGGUCUUUGCCAAUAGUCGGGGAACCUUUCCAACGAGUGGCUGUGGACAUAGUCGGUCCCCUACCUGUGCCCAGUAGAUCGGGGAAGAGAUACAUCCUCACCGUGGUGGAUUAUGCUACCCGGUAUCCGGAGGCUGUGGCUCUGUCCGCCAUCACUGCGGAAAAGGUAGCGGACGCUCUGCUAGGCAUAUUUAGUAGAGUAGGGUUCCCCAGUGAGAUCCUAACCGAUCAAGGGACGCAGUUCAUGAGUGAUCUGGUCCAGUGUCUCUGGGCGAAGUGCGGAGUGCGCCAACUCCGCACUGCCCCCUAUCAUCCCCAGACUAACGGACUUUGCGAGAGAUUCAAUGGCACUCUGAAGCAGAUGCUACGGGCAUUUGUGACUUCGGAGGGAGGAGACUGGGAGCGAUACCUGCCGCACCUCCUGUUUGCAUAUCGAGAGGUGCCCCAGGAGUCAACCGGAUUCUCGCCCUUCGAGUUACUAUAUGGCCGCAGAGUCCGUGGACCUCUUGACCUGUUCCGGGAGUCUUGGGAGGGGGAGCUGAACCACCAGGAUGAGUCCGUGGUGGAGUAUGUGUUGAAGCUCAGAGAUCGGUUAGAAAAUCUCAUGGGACUAGCGCAAGCGAAUCUUGCGGAAGCACAGAAGGUGAAGCCUGAACCAGCGAAGGUGGGGGCGAUCCGCGACUGGCCCCGGCCCACAACCCAGAGACAGGUCCUGGCUUUCUUAGGGAUCGCAGGAUACUACAGACGUUUUGUCCCUGACUUUAGUUCUGUGGCCAAACCCCUGACUGAUCUGACUAAGAAGAAACUCCCCAAGAUAGUUGACUGGACGACCGCAUGUGAGUUGGCAUUCCAGUCGUUGAAAACUGCUCUAGUACAAGCCCCAGUACUGAUGGCGCCGGACUAUAGUAAAAACUUUGUUGUACAAACUGAUGCGUCACAGUACGGACUCGGGGCAGUACUGAGCCAGGAGGGGCCGGAUGGGCAGGAGCACCCUGUGGCCUAUUUGAGCAGAAAGCUGCUACCGCGGGAGGUGGGGUAUGCCACAAUUGAAAAGGAGUGUUUGGCUAUUGUUUGGGCUGUGAAGAAGCUUCAGCCCUAUUUGUAUGGCCGCCAUUUUACGGUGGUAACGGACCACAAUCCAUUACGGUGGCUCCAACACACCACGGGGGAAAACGGCAGACUGUUGCGGUGGAGCCUUGCUCUUCAGGUUUAUGACUUCCAUAUUAUCCACAAGCAAGGCAAGGCUCAUAGCAAUGCAGAUGGACUGUCACGUCAGGAGGAGCCUGAACCCCCAAAGAACUCCCGGUAACCUCAUUAAGGACUGCGGGACCAG